CGUUGUCGCUGUAUGUGACCACUAUUUAUGGUGUGCGCCCUCUAUUGAAAGAAAUUAAAGCGUACAGUGACGAAUUUUGUGAUGAACAACCAAAAUAUGAGUAGAUUACUUUGAUGAUCAGCAAAUUGAAGCAGUAAUGAAAUCCCUAUCAGCCAAUGCAGCGGUGUUUGUGCCUGGCAAGAGCUGGGGUCCAGCUCUUCCGGUGUACGCAGGCAGCACGAGUGUGCCGCCACAGCAGCAGUGGUCUGGCUCCGGACCCGCCGAGUUUGUGCCGGGCAUGCCAUGGCCAGGUGCUAGUGCAGCACCGGUGCCACAGCAGCAGCAGUGGUCAAACGGCAACGAACAGUCCCCAUAUGUCAACAGCAACUGGGAGCCAGACUACGUCAUCAUGGUGAAGGACAUACUGUUCAGCCUCAGCAUUAGCCCCGGUUCAUUUGAGGACCACAUGAGAUCGCUGGUGGAGAACCUCAACGCCACCAUCCGGACCGAUAAGGACUUAGGCACCAUCGCGGACAUCAUCUUUGAGCAGGCUGUCCUGGAGCCCAACUUCAGAUACACCGGUGCCAGGGCGUGUGACUACCUCACAUCACACUUAGUACUCCCACCAAAUGUCAGCAAAUUCCGCAAGCACAUCAAUCAGAGAGUCAAAGACGCAGUGGAGAGCAGAGAAGUUAUGGCCAAAGACCCGAACAAGAUGGAGAGAUUGCACGGGGCAACCAUGUUCCUGGCCGAGCUAUUCCUCACAUCACAGGUCCAGGUAGGGAAUGGUCCACAGAGGAUUAAAAUCUACCGCACGGCUCUGAAUGAGCUCAUGGACACUCUGGUCAACAACGCAAGCAGCGGAAACCUGAAAUGUCUUAGCUUACUUCUAAAGCUGUCAGGGAAAGAAAUAGAAGAUUACGACAGGGAACAGAAUGACGGCAAGGCUUCAGAUCAGCUGAAUCAGAUAUUCCUGAAAGCCAGAAAACAUGUGACGAAUGAAGCCAUUGACAAGAACGUGCGUGAGGUGUGGCUGCAACUGAUUGAGCUGCGAGCCAAGAGGUGGGGACAAGGCGAUGCAGCCUCGUACAGCGGUGGCGCUGCAGCCCCACCACCAGCAAGCAGCGGUGACGGCUUCAUGUCGGCGAGUGGGGAUGCACCAAUGUUUAGUUCUCAGCCAGUCUUCUAUAAUUCAAAGGGUCAAGUCAUUUCAGCUGCUGAGGCAGGCUUCGGAGAUGAGUAUGAGGGUGAUUUUGAGAACUAUGCAGACUACCAGAACUACGAGGAGUAUAGUUCCGCUGACCCUUACACGGACUACACGUCGUCAUCGGCAGACCCGUACGCAGAGUAUGACUUGGAUCCCAGUCAUUACCAGCAGGAUGCAGCCGCCGAGCCAGAUUAUGCCGAUGGAUUUGAUGAGCUUGACGCAGAAAUCCAAGCAGCAUUCAGUGACUUCCUGAUCGAGACGGGACAAGGAGACCACUCGUGAAUAAAACAUGAGUAGUAUAUGUAUAUGUAAAAAAAAAAAAAAAAUAACGGGCAUUUUCAUUUUGUCGACAUGCUUCCAUGCAAGGACUGUAUGAUUGAAGCCAUUUAACGAAUAAAUCUGAGUAUAAGUAAUGAAUAUGUAAAUUAGAUGUUGAUUAUUAAAGAUUAAGUGUCCUAGAGACAUGAAAAAAAA